ACCCAGCGACGGUCGCAAAACAUGGAUACUCAACAGAUAGAAGCGCAAAUGACUAAACUAAAACUAACAACAAAUGAAACGUGUCCUGCUUCUGAAGAAACCUUUCCAUCAUCUGCAUCUUUCACUGAAAGUAGUGCGAAUGCUACGAACAAUACACCCGCCAGAUUUCCAAUUCAUUCAUCAAACGUGCGCUACAAUUUGGCUAAUGGCAGGCGAGGCAGAGUUGGCAGCGUUGGUCGAGGAUAUCCACCUUUAAGGAGACACGUAAGCGAGUUGCCGCCAAGCAACAGGUCAAUUGAAAAUAUGAUUAAAAGUCCAAAAGUUCCAAACUAUAAACACAAAUAACAAGUCGGAGGCGAUAAAAUCGGUUCUUGAUUACUUAGACAAAGCUAUUGAAAUGACAAAUACGCCUGCUUUAUACGAAAAAGGACUGUUUUUUCGUCAGCUAAAAGAUCCGGCAAAAGCGUAUGAUAUUUUCAAAAAAGUCAUCAAAGAUGAACGAUGCCCGCGUGUCUAUUUGGCAAAUGCCUAUGAACAGGCAGCUUAUUGCAUUUUAGAUAUGCAACCCAACGAGAACGACAGUUAUAAAGAGUUUGAUAUGAAAUACUAUCUGAAACGUUCUGUAGAAAUUUCAUGUUAUAUAGUUGAAAAGAUUCCAUUUCUAAAAAAUUUCUGGCGGGCUGCACCGACUCUUCUAGAUUUUUUGAAGGGCAGAGCAAAAACGACUGAAACCUUGCGGGACAUUGGUUUUCUCUAUGAAAGGAUGGACAAUUACGAAAAUUCUAUUGACGUGUAUAAAGAGUUAUUAGAAACGGUAGAAGAUACAGCAGAGUUAGAAAAGAAAAUUGAAAUUAUUACCAAUCUGAUAAAAACAUACAUCCAUACAAAAAGGUAUGACGAUGCCGUACUGGCUUUUGAUACAAUCAUGUGUUUGCCAGAUGGACGCUCAUACAUUGAUGCGAAUUUGUACAUAGACGUGCAUAUCGAAGGCGGACUACAAUCGCUAAUCAAAGGUGAACAUGUAAUAGCACAAUUGAGGCUUAAAAAUGCUAUACAGUUCAAUAAAAACACGAAUGUGGAUAUUGAAGUAACAGACAAUACAAGCAAUGACGAAAACGAUGCCAUUGGACAGAAGUUUGACAUUUAUAUUUUGUGUGAAGAUGCUAGAGCUGAAAAAACAUUCAUGAUUCUCCUGGGGAAUUUGAAAAGCCUUGGGCUGUCUGUAACAUUAAAUGCCGUAGAUGUUCCGCAUUGUCAACUCACUAUGGAAGGCAUUCCGCUGGUGAUGAAGGCGUCUGACCAUUUUAUUAUAGCUUUGGAAGCAAAUCCCACCAGAAGUUUACACACGGGGUGGCAAUGAUAAAGGAUAUACUGGAGCAUCGAAACGAUGGUAACAUGGUUAUCCUAGCUCCUCUAAAGUGCGAGUUGCCAACAUGGUUAAAGGGUUACACCGUGAUUGUCAACGAUGUGGAAUAUGAAAAGGAUUCAGAUGUCCAGAGAAUUUUACAAAAUUCAUUUUUGCGUUCUAAACUGAAGGACAUCGUUUCGACACUUUCGAUACAACGAGAGACUUCUUAAAUGAAAAGGAGGUCUGCAACAUAAUAUACUGAUCGGAGAAAAUAACACAACAAUUAAUAUUAUUAUAGGACAAAUUGUUUUGUUAACUUAAACUUAAAUCCUUUUGUCAGUUUGGUGCAAGUUCAUGCCAGAUGAGAGUUUAUCAGUAAAAGAUAACUGACAAAGAAAACAAUUGUGAAAACCAACAAGACGCAACA